CAGGAUAACAGCGCAGUGGCAGCAAUGCAAAUGCACUCACCCAACACACCCUGUCUGUAUGCCGCCCACCGGCAGAUAGCAAAGCGUCAGCCAAAUGAUAUAUAGAUACCCCACCAAAACGAAAGCAAGCAAUCAAGAGCAGAAGAUGACGGUCCUCAAAGGCGUCGAGCAAAAAACCAGCAAGACAAACUCAUCCCGCCAUCGACUGCCGUGCGCCCCUCGAGUGUUUUCGUGGCGACACGACAGCGGGCGGCAUAGGCACUGGCGGCAGCACCUUCCCGGCCUUCUGAAGGCUGGCCAGGGGUGUCUCGCCCCACAUGUCAGCGGCACUCGCAGGCUGUGGCUCCCCCUCUUGUCUCAGUUUUUCCUUGUAGUGUGGGAAUCUCGCCAGCUGGAUCUCGUUGCCGGAGCGUUUCGUCUGCGCCAUCCGGAGAAUGCAUCGCCGACCAUGUGUAUGCGUGUGAUUGUCUGAGUCUGUUCAUUGCUCACCUCGCCGAUUUGUUGGAAGAUACUCGUCGCCUGUGGUGCAUAACGUGCAAAUGGAUGACAGAAGAGACGGUGAAUCCCAUGUGUUUUUCAGCACACCCUACCCCACAUCCACUCACCCGCGCUUGUCUCGGCGGCGUCAACCUCGAGCUUCCAGCUUCCUGACGACAAAUAGGGAGCUCAUCCCUACAACGAAGUAUCUCUUGUGUCACCCACCCACCGGGGCAGCAGCGGGCGGCGCUUGUGAGGGAGACACCGACCUCUCAGACGGCGUCUGGACGGCGGACGGGCCCGCCCUCGAUCCCACACGCUGGUCGCUCGGUGGCGUGCGCGACGGCUCUCUCGGUGGCUGCUGCUCGAGUGACGACGGCGCGAAGCCGUUCGCUCCCACUGCUGGACGGUCCGAAUGAGAAAGAACAGGCACGAAGCCACCCUCUGUGACACGACAGAGGCUUUGAGACACACACGUUGACGCCUGUACGUUCUGUGCCUCUUUCUAUAUACCUUUGCUGGGUGUGACUGGUCGGGAGCUCUUGGUCGAGAGCUGGCGGGAGAGGUGGUGCAGCUCUGACUCGGCCUGGCAGAGGAAAGAGCGCACCUGUCAAGUGCCUCCUUGCUGACUUGUUGCUACGGCUGACUGACUGACCCUUCUGCGUGCGUUGCUGGUGUCGCUGAACUGCACCAGGACCUGACGCAGCUGACCCUGCAUCCGACUGAACUCGGCAUGGACAUUUGCGCAUUAGAACAUAAGUGCAUGCCCGCACACGCACAUGGCCAGUCUUGCGUACCCGUAUUCAUCUCUCUUUUCGUCCAUGUCUGUCCGCAGGUUGGCCAGCUCGUCAGCCACGGGCCCCUUGAGGUGGGCGACCUCUCGUCUGAGGACCUCGAUGUCUUGCUCAAGGAAGCUGCCCCAUACACACACACAGGGAGAGAGAGACUCCAUGUGGGUGUGCGUGUGAGGUCUCUCUGAGUGCCGACCUGUGUUUGCCGGUGACUUGUGCCUUGACGGCUUCCAGCUCCCGGGCAAAUGCGUCGUUUCUCUCGUCUGCUGAUGUCGAUCUGGUGUCGAUUUGCUUCUGCAGCUGGGCUAGACGGCGCUUCAUGAACUCAGUGGCCUGGUGGAUGAGACACGGGAGCUUUGCUCUUGCAAUGUCUCCAUGAAUCAAAGUCCGUGCUGUAGAUAUGCAUACCUCUUGUAUGGCCUCCAUUGCCGUCUGUCGCUUGGAACUCUCGGCCGCAAACUCCUCCAUCUGGGCUGCACGCACAGGGGAACAGACCACAUCCAUGCAGAUCCACGGAGGUGCCCAAUUGCGUUGCUGGCUCACCGACUGACGUCUCGCUGAUUUCUGAGACCUUGUCACGCAUGAUCGACAGCUGAGAGUCGUGGUCCUCCGACUUGCGCUCAAGACACUGAACCACACAACACACCGACCCUGUUUGUCCGCGCGUCUAUCGUGAUAAGAAGAUGCCUUUGCUUGCCUCUAUCCGUUGCGCCAGCUGGUUCACUUGCGCCUGCGUGUCUCCCAGCCUCCUGUCGACGCCCUUGAUCGCGUCAUGCAGCGCACUGCAAACACAAGCAACCAAUCACGGAUCCUCUUGCCGUGUGUGUGUGUGUGUGUGUGUGCAUCUACAUUUCUUCCCGUCCCAUCUGUGUCCGUAUUUACUGUAUGUCCAUGGCCAUUGUCUCCACCAGGUGCUCCAAGUGUGUCAGCCGAUCGAUGACCGUGUGGGGCUUUCCGUGGCUCACACGCGUCACACGCGACUCGCGCUGCGACGGCAGCUUGGUGCCACGAUGGUGGGCUCCCUUGGCCACCAGCAGCGCCCGUCUCGACCGCGGUGGAUGCGGUUGAAGCAGGGAGGAUGAUGGGGGGCCUUGUGGGGACGACAGUGGGGGCGGUGUGGAUAUGGAGAGGGGAGUGGACGAUGGGAGCGGUGUAGAGAUGGUGUGGUGGCGGAUGUCCUGGCCGCCAGUGCGUCGCGGGAGCAGGGUGGAGGUGGUGUCUUGGACGUCGUGCAGGAGCCUUCGUGCGGUGUCUUCGUCGAUCCCAAGUAGCUCCCACAUGACCCGCUGAGCCUUGGUGUUGUUGUCAAACUGCUCCUGGACGCGUUUGCUUUCCUCGGCCAUCUUACGCAGCAGCUCUGACGCACACGUGCAUGCGUCUCCGUGUACUUCUACACUUGUAUGUGUGUGUCUCCCUUUGUUUGUGCGUGCGUACCUUCCUUCAUUGAGUCGAUGAUGACUGAGUGGAGAGAGCCCGUCUUGUCGACAGACGAUAGCAGCCGCUCCAUGUCCGUCUUCAGAGACACGAUCUCCGUGUGGUCCACCUGAUCGUACAAAGCAAGCUUCGCAUCGGUCCGCUGUCAAUGUUCUUUUCUUGCCUUUGAUCUCAGAGCAAGGUCGACGGCGACCACGUCAGCCUGCAUACACGUAGACAAACCUGAACAUAUAAAUCUUUGAGGCCCCAAUGCUUCCACCCACCUUUUUGCUGAGCUCCAAAUCGAGGCUAUCGCGUCUCCCGCUGAACACUGUCGUAGCGGCCUGCAUGGGCAAUGCACACCACCGACAAACGAAGGGAUAGAUGUUCGUCUGUGUCCUCUGCAGCGAGACCCCAAUUUCCCCACCGUUUCAAUCAUGGUUCUCAUUUUCUGCACAUCUUUGGCCAGGUCCUGCGAGUCCCUGCUUCUUGUGUGCCCUGCCAGGCGCCCCUCGAUCCCCUUGACGGCCGUCAGGGGGGCAUAGGUGGUCUUGCAGGUCUCGUCGAAGCCCUCCAGCUUGACCUCCAUGCGGCCCUCGAUGUCCAUCUUGAGCUGUGUGAGCCACGUCCGGACGACAUCGGCGUAGGCCAUGCUGCCCAGCUCCCUCUCGAGUGUGUGCAGCACCUUCUGCUGACGCCGGCAGAUGUCAUACAGCUCACUCGACUGACAGGGAAAAGAUAAGUGGGCUUGAUGACAAGGAUGUGGUGUCCUUCCUGUACUCUUUAAUGACUGACCUCUUUUUCGAGUUUGUUGAUUCGGUCGUUGAUCAUUAUGCUGUCGAUAAUGCGUGUCGGAGCACGGUUUGUGACGAUCCCAGCCAUGAUGGUGCGUGAUUGUUGCAGUGACAGAGCAACAGUGUUGCAAUGUCGGUGUCGGAAAGCUCUUCUGUGAAGCCAAUCGGGUUGCCCUUGCUCCCACGGAGAGAAGACCUCUUCGGACCGGAGAUUUCAAAUCGGGGGGAAGAG